AUGCAAGUUUUAAAAGCUAGAGAGCCUGUAUCUGUAAAAAAACAAGUUGCUAUAGCUCUGUAUAAAAUUGCUAGUUGUUCUGAAUACAGAGUAGUUGGAAAUGUAUUUGGAAUACAUAAAUCAACAGUGAAAAAAUUCCUCUACAAAAUUAUAAAAGCAAUUAUGGAAAAACAUGUAAACGGAAUAGGAAUACCUUUCAUGAUAGUCGGAGAUCCGGCCUAUCCAUUUUUGCCAUGGUUAAUGAAGAGUUAUUCUGGUUCACUUUUACUUGAAGAAGAAUCAUUUAAUGUUUAUUUCAAUUCCGCAAGAGUUUCAGUGGAAAUGGCAUUUGGAAGACUGAAAGCCAGAUGGAGGAUGUUACAAAAAAAAGUGGAUUGCAACUAUAAAUUUGUACCUCAAAUUAUAGUUGCGUGUUGUGUGCUGCAUAACUUUUGUGAAGACAAUAAAGACAGAUUUCUUGAAGAAUGGUUGCAACAGGUUAAUGAGUUAAAUGAAGUAUUUGUGCAACUAAGACAACAAAUAAAUCGUGAACGAGAUAAUGUCGACAGGGUGAUAGCCCAGGGCCUAAGUGCCCGAGCUACGCCGCCAUCUCGACAACCGAUCCAACAGGACCGGGAUAUAAGGGACGCCAUAAACUUCAAAUCGAUUUUUCUCGAAAACGGCUAA